AUGAGUUGGCUGUGGGGCAACGAAACGACGGAGCAGGCGCAGUUCGUGGUGAGCGCACUGCAGAGCGAGCUGGAUGAGCGUGAGAGCAAGAUUAAGGCGUUAGAGGCCGCUCUCAAGCGCGAGCAGCAGGAUAUGACUUCGUUAUUGGAGGACGAAGUCAAGGAACUUGAGGCACGACGCAAGGCCAUCGAAAAGGAGCUGGCAGGUGUCGAUGCACUCAUUAAAGAGAAGCAAAGGCUCAUCCAGAAGAGCAAAAGCGACCCACUCAAGAAGAAAAAGAAGAAAAAAAGCAAAACACCCGUCAGUUCACCCAGAGCUGCGGUAGUUGAAGAGAAACCGGCUGCAGCUGCCAAUGGAAAACCCAAGGAGAACGGCAAGGAAGCGGUAGUGUCCCCCAAGGCCAAAAAGAAACAACAGAAGAAGAAAAAGGAAGCGAGUGCUGCUAGUGCUGAUGUGGAGCAGACGGAGAACUCGAAGGUGUUGCCUAUGGACAAGAACUUGAAGGUGGUGGCCAAGGAGGAGCCCAAUGUGGCCUUCAUCAUCCAACGUAGCAAUAACUCGAAUACAGUUGUGUAUGCUGGGGUUAAGUCGGCCGACGGCAAGUCGUUGGACACGACGACCCCGAUCAAAGUGUACUGGAUCAUGUAUGAAAAGGAGGGCAAUCCACGUGAGGAUCUCAACAUGAUUGAGCGGAACACAGCAUACGGUGUUACCUCUAAGCCGUCAGAUGUGCCGGGUGAACACUUGGCGAGCAUCGCGUCGCUGCGUGACCGCGACUGCGUGUUACGUCUGGACAAACACGGCAAUGUGAUGGCGUUGACUACCAUCAAUGGCAAGAAAGGGAUGCUCUUACGCCGUGUGUUCGUGCAAAUGACCACGAGCUGGGGCAUCCCGACUGUGGACUUCGUUGACAUCUUCGGAGUGGAUCCAACCACCUUGGAGCCUGUGUACGAGAAGAAGAAAAACAAGUGA